AUGGCAGGGAGAUUUCUGCAAGUCUCUGCUUACAAGGACCUCUUGUCACAUUCUCGGUUUUUCCUUACACUCCGCUCACAAGGGGAUCGUUACCAUUCUCUCAUUCUCUUCCGCCUUUCGUCAGAGAAGUCUGCAGAAGAGUUGCUGACCGGGAAGGAUGUCCGGCCAGCUGACCCCGAUGAUUGGCAGCUCUACGCGAUGGAGGCCAGCUGCCCUCAUCUCGGUGCCGACCUCUCUCAUGCUGAGAUCGAGCAGUGCGACACAGGUGCCGUUGCCGUCUGUCCUUGGCAUAGGUAUGACUUUGACCUCCGAACCGGCAAAAGUGAAACAGGUCUGAAGGCCUGUACAUACGCUACUCAGGUGAGAACGGACGAUGAAGGGGUAGACAACGUAUGGGUUGAGACGCCGGAUGGAGGUACCAAUUGGCGACUCGUGGAACUGAGACCCGUGUCCGAAGAAUUUGCUGACCCACCGCCGACCACUCCUGACUUGUCACGCCUUUCAUUAUCCGCGCAGGGCACUGGCGGCGAUAAUUUCACGCGGCCAGAAGAGGUCGUGCCUACUGAAGGAGCGCCGUCAACUCUCAUGCAGUGGGCGGUUCUCAUUCUGAACACUAAAGAUCCAACCAUGAAGGUCCAACGAACGAAACAUGCUGUGCACUUGUUCAGAAAAGGCCAACUAAAAUCUAUCGGCCAUCGCUCGUCAACGGCCCCUCGACCUCCAGACGUUCCGCCCCGCCACGAUUCAUACACAAACAAUCUCGUAGACCCAAGAAAGGCCGGUAAGCGAAAGAACAAAGCCAUGAUGCUACACGCAUUGGCCAAUGUGGAACAGUGGGCAAUUGAUUUGGCAUGGGACAUCAUUGCUCGCUUCGGCCCUGACCACCCAGAACUUCCGCCAGCCUUCUUCUCCGAUUUUAGCAAGAUGGCGCUUGACGAGUCCAAGCAUUUCUCCCUCCUCGUAGCGCGACUCGCCGCGAUUUCACCAAGCACGCCGUACGGCUCCCUCCCCGUCCACGCUGCCCUGUGGAGUUCCGCAAGCGUCACCUUUUCUUCACUGCGUGCGCGGUUGGCAAUAAUCCACAUGGUACACGAAGCUCGUGGACUGGACGUGAAUCCGGGGACGAUUGAGAAAUUUAGGCGCGCGGGCGACCUGGAGAGCGUAAAAGCACUAGAAAUCAUACACCAAGACGAGGUGACGCACGUCGCGACUGGACACCGGUGGUUUACCUGGAUAUGCGCACAGCAAGGCGUGGACCCCGUGCAGACGUUCAGGCAGGAUGUCCGAAGGUGUUGGAAAGCCGAAGUGAAGGGGCCGUUCAACGUGGAGGCUCGCGGUAUCGCGGGGCUCACCCCGGAUUUCUAUGAGAAUCUCAGAGGCGACCUGCCGAAUGAUUAA